AUGUCGACCACAAAUAGUACUGCUAUGAAUGCUGCAUUCUUGGCAGAAAAUAGACAAGCUGAGGUUUAUGCUGUCGCCACUGUGUUCUUUGUGUUAAGUCUUCUGUCCCUUGCUGGACGCCUUACUGCCGCGCGAAUUGUUGGAAAGUCUCUGUGGUGGGAUGAUUGGUUCGCGAUAAUUGCUGCUGUUUGUGGAAUUGGUGGCUACAUUACCACUAUGCUCUAUCUCCGUUUUGGCCUUGGAAGACAUGCCAUCGUUGUCAGCCAAGAAGACCCAGAAAACCUGUCCCGCUUUCUUCAAACAAUCGUCGCAAAUGAGAUUGUUUACACCAGUGGCCUGGCUUUUGCCCGACUCUCGAUUGUGGCGCUGUAUUAUCGCAUUUUUGGCUCAUCGAACAUGCAAUACUUCUUACACGGAUUUUCAGCCUUCAUUGUGGCCUGGGCAAUCUCUACUUAUGUCCCGUCUAUUCGAACCUGUUGGCCAAUAAGUAGUUUCUGGGAUGGCACAAAUCAAAAUUGCAUUGAUCUUCAUGGGUUUUAUGUUGGCGUUGCAAUUGGCAGUAUAAUUACAGAUUUCGGUCUCAUGGUUCUCCCAAUGCCGUAUAUCUGGAAUCUGAAAGUUCCAACAUUUCAAAAAGUUCUACUUGCAUUGACAAUGAUUUUCGGGGGAUUUGCUUGUUUCGUGACAAUUUUUCGCCUCGCAAUAGUGGUCAGCCUGGACCUGUCGGACCUCACUUGGAAUACCGUUGAUCAGAUCAUUUGGACUACCUUGGAGUUAUUUUGUGCUAUCAUCUGCGCCUGUCUUCCUACGCUACGCCCCCUAAUUAAGCGCGCAAGAGGAUUUUUCGGGCUUCCAGGAUGGAGUUCAAGAGGAGAGAGCAAUGUCGAAGGAGCACCUAAUGAAAAUCAGUCUGCAGAAGAGAUAUUGGGCGAUUAUCGCGGAAAUGAUACCGAGCUCACUAACUAUGCAGGUGGGUAUGGUGACCAGUUCGGGAAGAAAACUCCCUCUAGAAAUACUCAAGAGUCAGUUUGA